AACGUGGAACACAUAUUUCAAAUUGCUAAAACCGUGCAUUUGUUGGAAUAUAUUCAUGAUUUGGAUUAAAAUGAUAAAAUGGAUAGUUACUUAAGGAUAUCUGAAAUUAUGUGGACUCCAAAUCCACGUAAACUGACCCAAAUGGACGAAUUCCGUAAUAUAAUAAAUAAACGACAUGGAGUGGAUAUAGAAACGUAUCAAGAUUUGUACCAAUGGUCAGUUGAUAACAUCAAAAAUUUCUGGGAAAUAUUUUGGGAAUUUUCAAACACACUCACUUCAAGACCUUACUUCAAGGUGCUUGAAUCAGAAAGAAUUACUGAAAUUCCUAAGUGGUUUGUUGGUAGUAAAUUAAACUAUGCCGAGAAUCUUCUGAGAUAUGAUGACAACAGAAUUGCUUUGAUCACCACUGGUAUAAGGACGGAAGAUACAACCAUCACAUUUAAACAGUUGAAAGAAAAAGUGACUAUUUUGACAUCAGCUAUGAAAAAUGCAGGUGAAAAAGGAGACAGAGUUGCAGGUUAUUUACCAAAUGGAAGUCUAGCUGUUGAAGCGAUGUUGGCAACUGCAAGUCUUGGGGCCAUUUGGAGCUGUGCUUCACCAGAUUUUGGUCCAAAGGGUGUUAUCGAUCGUUUUGACCAAAUCAAACCGCGAAUGAUAUUUUCAGUCGAUUCUGUCACAUACAAUGGAAAGGUUUAUAAUCAUUUGGAUAAACUUAAACAAGUUGUUAAAGAACUAGGGAAUAUUGAGAAAGUUGUCAUUCUUCCAUUCGCUGCUUUGAAGGAAAACAUUGAUAUUCACAACAUUCAAAACAGCAUAUUUUUCGACGAUUUUCUUGCUCUGGAUAGAAAAGAUGAAGAACUUGAAUUUGAGCAGGUUCCAUUUGAUCAUCCACUGUUUAUAAUGUAUUCAUCUGGUACAACAGGGCGACCAAAAUGUCUCGUUCAUUCUGUUGGGGGAACUUUGAUUCAACACUUGAAAGAACAUAUUCUUCAUGGUGACAUGACUAGAAAUGAUGUCAUGCUCUUUUAUACAACGACUGGUUGGAUGAUGUGGAACUGGAUGCUGACGUCUCUUGCUCUGGGUUCUACAGUUGUUCUCUUCGAUGGCUCGCCCUUACUUCCUAAACCAAAUAUACUAUUUGACGUGGUUGAUAAACACAGGAUAUCUGUUUUAGGAGUGAGUCCAAAAUAUCUAGAAACUAUUGAAAACAAAAAAGUAACACCUGAAGAAACUCACUGUUUAGCUUCUCUUCGUAUGAUCUUAUCCACUGGAGCUCCAUUGACUGCCGCAAGAUUUGACUAUGUAUACAACAAAAUAAAGAAAGAUGUUUUACUCGGUUCAGUGUCAGGUGGUACUGAUAUAAUCUCGUGUUUUUUGGGACAAAAUCCUACUAUACCAGUUCGUAGAGGUGAAAUUCAAAGCAGAAAUCUUGGUAUGGCAGUGGAAACCUGGGAUGAAAACGGUUGUAUAGUGUACGGCUCUAGAGGAGAAUUGGUUUGCACUAAACCGUUUCCAUCCAUGCCCGUUUAUUUGUUGAACGAUGAAGACAAUUUGAAAUACAACAAAACGUAUUUUUCUAAGUAUAAAAAUGUCUGGACUCAUGGUGACUAUUGUAUCAUUAAUUCUAAGACUGGAGGAAUAAUCAUGUUGGGAAGAAGUGAUGCAACAUUGAAUCCGAGUGGAGUGAGAUUUGGUAGCGCAGAGAUCUAUAAUGUUGUGGAAAAAUUUACAGAAAUUGAAGACACGUUGUGUGUUGGAUAUCAAAACAAAUCGGAUAGUCAAAAUGAAUUGGUGGUUUUAUUUGUGAAAAUGGCCAACGGCUUUGCAUUUACGGAGGAAUUGACAACUCAAAUAAGGCUGGAAAUCCGCAGUAAACUUUCUCCACGACACAUUCCCAGUAAAAUAAUUCAGACACAAGAUAUUCCUUACACAAUUAGUGGCAAAAAAGUCGAAGUAGUUGUGAAAGACAUUCUCAAUACGGGCAAAUCAAUUGAUCACAAGGAGGCUUAUCGCAAUCCUGAUUCUCUGAACUACUAUUACAACGUUAAGGAAUUAAAGAAUAUAUGACAUGUUCUUGACGUCAUGUCAUGAUGCUAAAUACAACUUAAUAAAUAUCAUUCAAUUCAAAUAUUUAAUAUAAAUGUAUGCAACAUUCUGUGAGAAAAUUACUCAACAAAAAAUUUACGUAUAAAUGUCCUCUUUUGGUUAUUUAAACAUCGCUUACAAGAUAUUUGCAGAGUAAGUUUUAACAGUUGUUUGUUAGACAUUUAUAUUUUUAAUGGACUUUAAAAGCAGUGUCAUUGAUAAGGUUAUUUUAUUUGUUAGAAAUUCGUUACCAAUAGCACUGUCACAAAAGCAUCGUAUAGUUUAUAAAUACAAACUUUUACUUUACGUCAGCUGAAGUAACAUGAGAAAGUUUGUACAUUCAAGCGAUGAAAACGAGCUGGUUUCUUUAUCUACAAUAUUUAAAAAUUUCCUGUAUACAAUUCAAUCGACAUUAAAAUUACUCGUAAAUAUUA